ACAUUUGUUGAGCGGAUGUUGUGUGACGUACAAUGUUCGUACGUCACUUCCGGAAGUCCCUUUCUGGUCCGCUCGCUUGACAUGGCGCCGUUGAGACAGAAGAAACAGUUCGGUGUUAAGAGAUCCAAAAAGGGAGCUUCGUGGAAGUUCACCUUGGACCUGACUCACCCGGUGGAGGACGGGAUUCUGGACUCGGCUAACUUUGAAACCUUCCUCAAAGAGAGGAUCAAGGUCAACGGGAAGACGGGAAAUCUUGGUAACAUCGUCCAGGUUGGCAGAAUGAAGAACAAGAUCAACGUCACAUCCGAGAAGCAGUUCUCCAAAAGGUAUCUGAAGUACCUGACAAAGAAAUACCUGAAGAAGAACAACCUUCGCGAUUGGCUGAGAGUAGUGGCGUCCGACAAGGAGACAUACGAGCUGCGCUACUUCCAGAUUAGUCAGGACGAAGAGGAGUCGGAGACAGACGAGUGAAGUUCCCCUCCUUCUCCAGACAGUGUGUUUGGAUAGCCGGAGCUCAACUGCAAGUGACUGUUAUGGCGCUGUACACCGUGAUGUGUGACAGGCGAAUAAAGACAGAAAAAUGAG